AUGGCUCCCAGUAAACUUUGGCGAUCGUUUACCAAAAUUGAUCAAUAUUCGGCAUCAUGUAAUGAAUGUAAACAAGUCAUAAAAACGUCUGGUAACACAUCCAACCUUAAAGCGCAUUUAGAUAAACGUUUAAAAAAAGCAGAAGCUGGUGAAGCCUAUAACAAUACUUGCAGAAAAGAUGUUUCAAAUGAUCCAGAUGACCCAGAUUAUGUUUUUCAAGAUGAUAGUAGCGCAGGCUGCGCAGCUGAUAUAAGUUCAAUUGCAAGCUCGUCAAAAACAAUAGUGUCUAUUCCAAAGAGUUCUCCUAAUCAGAGACAACAAAAUAUAAAUCAAGUGUUCAAGCAAAUUUCAUCAAUGUCUGUCGGUGGAACACAACAUAAAUGCAUAACAGAUGCAAUUGCAUAUUUUUUAUGCAAAGAUAAUAAAGCCUUCUCAACCAUCGAAGGAAAAGGCUUCAGAAAUAUGGUCAACAAAUUAAAUCCAUUGUAUAAAGUCCCUUGCAGGAAUACUAUUAAAACAUAUAUUGACGAUAAGUACAAAAUUGUUGAAUCUAAAUUUCGGUUGGAUUUAAAAACCAUUUUAAAUUUUUCUCUGACCACUGACAUUUGGACGGACAGUCAACAGAUGAAAAGUUUUUUAGGAAUUACCAUCCAUUAUAUACAAAGCCUGUCAAUGAAAUCUGGAAUUAUAGGUGUCAUAGAAUUAAAUGAAUCUCAUACAGCCAACUACAUCAGCCAAGAAAUGUUAAAAUGCUUGAGUGAAUGGGAUAUUCCUAUAGACAAAAUAAUGGCUGUUGUAUCUGAUAAUGGUGCAAACAUCACAAAAGCGGUGAAAGAUUCUUUUGGUACUUAUAAGUAUGUGCCUUGUUUCGCACAUACAAUUAACUUAAUAGUUGAAAAGUCAAUAUCUAAUACCACAUCAUUAAUUGAUUUAUUAUCAAAUGUAAGAGAGAUCGUGAAGCACUUUAAACGAAGCACAUUCCUUAGUGAUGAACUUAGAAAAAAACAGAUUAAUCAAGGCAUUAAAGAUGGUGCAGUUAAGAAACUGAUUCUCGAUGUGAGCACCCGGUGGAAUAGUGUAUUUUAUAUGCUUCAAAGAUUUGUCGAGCUCUCUAAAAUUAUUUCGGAAAUAAUGCUGACACGUCCAAACGGACCAGAAAUGAUAUCAGCUAGACAGCUGCAAGAAAUACAUGAUGUAAUUUUGGUUUUGCGUCCACUGGAAAUGGUCACAGCUGAGAUGUCAGCGGAGAGUUAUGUUACAAUUAGUAAGGUUUUACCCAUUGUUAGCUGUUUGAAUAAUGGUGUAAGUUCACAACUACCGAAGAGCGAUGUAGGGGAAAGUUUAAAAAAUGCUGUCAUUGCCCAAUUGAAUAGGCGAUUUGGUAAUAUUGAAAUAUUUAACCUUUGCCCCGUGGCCACAUUGUUGGAUCCACGUUUCAAAAAUCUACAUUUCAAGGACCCGGUCGCCUGUGCUAAUGCCAUAAAACACCUCAAGGAAAUGGUUUCCAACAACCGCAUGGUAUUAUCGUCUUCUUCUUAA